AUGGUCAUAGCGUGGCAGCCUCCUCUCAACUAUCGCAAUCGGCCUGUUGCUGUUUUCGGCGCCGGUGUCCUCGGGCGUAGAAUAGCUUGCGUAUGGGCAUCGACAGGAUACACAGUCAAGAUCUGGGAUCCCAGCAAACAUCAACGUGAGGACGGUGUUGCCUACGUCGACGAGAAUGUGGCCUUGUACGCCCAAAAGACUGGCAAGGCUUCUGGCAGAGUAAUGGCUGUUGAAGACAUGAAAGCCGCUGUCGCAGAUGCUUGGAUGGUCAUAGAAUGCGUCCCAGAGAAGCUCGAGCUAAAGAUUGACGUCUUUGCCGAGCUGGACGCCCUUGCGCCUGCUGACUGCAUUCUUGCAACAAACUCGUCUUCAUACAAGUCUUCCGAGCUGAUUAGCAAGAUUUCUCGCACGAGAAAGUCUCAGGUCUUGAACACACAUUAUUUUAGGCCCCCUGACUGCAUGUUGAUCGAGGUCAUGGCAAGUGGCUACACGACAGAGGCAGUCAUCCCAUUCCUGGUCGAACGGCUACAAGAAGCGGGAUUGAUGCCAUAUGUUGCGAGGAAAGAAUCUACAGGCCUCAUCAUCAAUCGUUUAUGGGCUGCUAUCAAACGAGAGACCUUGACCAUCCUUGCCGAAGGAGUGUCUGUGCCUGAGGAAAUCGAUGCGUUGUGGAAGGAGAUGUUUGCUAACAGUCGUCUGUCGCCUUGCUUGACUAUGGACUUGGUUGGCCUCGAUACGGUGGCCUUCAUCGAGGAGCAUUACGUCGAAGAGCUUGGCUUGUCCCCGGAGAAAACGGUAGACUUCCUGAGGAAGAACUACUUGGACCAGGGCAAAUUAGGCGCCAAAUGUGCAAAAGGAGGCCUCUAUCCUCCUUCUGCAACCCAAUCGGCAGCCAAAAACGGUGUCUCGAGCGAGCCAAAACUUCUUGCCCUGGAUGUUGGUCUAUCCGCUGCAGAGCCAACGAUGAACUCGGGCCAAAUUCUGCAGUUCGGCCUGGACGGAAAGCCUCCCAAGGUUCUCGUUGAUAAGCAGCCUUUGCCUGACGGCAUCGAUAUCGACCAUUCAAGCGGCCGUAUGUUUUGGACCAACAUGGGUUAUCCUGGAAAGCCUGACGGGUCUGUUUGCUCCGCCAACCUCGAUGGGACAAAUGUUCGCACCCUUAUCCCUCCUGGAACGAUCAACACACCCAAGCAGCUGGUUGUGGAGAGCGGGAGCAAGAAGAUCUACUUUUGUGAUCGCGAGGGCCUUUCUGUAUUCCGGUGCAACUUUGAUGGCUCUGAUCUAGAGCGCUUGAUCCAGAACGGCAACUCAGAAAAUGAGACAGACAUGCGGGAGGCCACGAACUGGUGUGUUGGCAUCGCCGUUUCUCCAAAACUGGGCAAGUUUUACUGGAGUCAAAAGGGGCCGUCAAAGGGCAACAAGGGACGCAUAUUCUGCGCCAAUAUCAAAAUGCCCGCACAUCAGUCGGUGCAAUCGAGAUCCGAUGUCCACUGCCUCGCGGAGGGCCUCCCCGAACCAGUGGACCUCGAAAUAAACGAGGAGACUUACACUCUGUAUUGGACUGAUCGCGGCGAAAUUCCUUUUGGCAAUUCUCUCAACAGGCUGCAGUUGGAUAAGACUGGGCUAGUGGCAAAGACUGCCUCAUCGGGCGGCCAUGAGGUGUUGAGCAGGCAUUUCAAGGAGGGCAUUGGCUUGAAGCUGGACUCCAAGAAUCACCAUCUCUACGUGACCGAUCUCGGUGGCCGCAUCUACCAGUGCGGCCUGGAUGGGAGGAACAAGACGGUCGUUUAUGCGGACGACUAUCGGGCAUUUACUGGCAUCACCGUCUUGUGA